AUGCUCCAUGAUUCCAAGCUCCCAAAGUCAUUUUGGGUAGAUGCCAUGCAAACAGCUGCAUAUAUCACAGCACGCAGCCCAGCAUCAGGACUCCAUGGAAAGACCCCAUAUGAGAUACUGUUUAAAAGGAGAGUUGAUCCAACUCUGUUUCACCCUUUUGGAUGCCAAGCAUAUGCCUUGAUUCCAAAAGACAAAAGGCAAGGGAAGUUUUACUCCAAGGGGCGUAAAGCCAUAAUGAUUGGCUACACACAUGGAAAGCAAGCCUACAAACUCCUAGACACUGAAAAACAAACUGUG